GAGAGGAGAAGGAGACCCUUUAAACAGGUGGCGUUCCCCCCGAGCCACUCCGGGUCCAGUUUAACCUGUUGACUUGGCUGCAGUUGGGGUUGGAGCAGUGAUGGACGAGAACCGGAGCGGACUGGAGACCAAUGACACGGCGGGAGGAGCGGCGGGAGGGGCGAGGGAGAGGCAGCAGAUCAGCACCGACAGCUUCAUCGUCCUCUUCAUCUUCAGCCUGAUCUUCUGCCUGGGGGUCCUGGGCAACUCGCUGGUCAUCACGGUGCUGACCCGCAGCAACCAGGGCAAACCCCGCAGCACCACCAACAUCUUCAUCCUGAACCUGAGCAUCGCCGACCUGUCCUACCUGCUGCUCUGCAUCCCCUUCCAGGCCACCUACUAUGUCCUGCCCCAGUGGAUCUUCGGAGGCUUCAUCUGCAAGAGCGUCCACUACUUCUUCACCGUCUCCAUGCUGGUCAGCGUCUUCACCCUCUCGGCCAUGGCUGUGGACCGCUACAUCGCCAUCGUCCACUCCAGGAAGUCGUCCUGCAUUCGGGUGUCCAGGAACGCCUGGGCCAGCGUGGUCUUCAUCUGGUCCCUCUCCCUGGCCGUGGCAUCGCCCGUGGCUUACUAUCACAUGCUGGUCUACAAGGACCACCAUGGUCCUUUCUGCUGGGAGAACUGGAGCGUCCUGAGGCACAGGCAGGUCUACCGAGUGCUGACAUUCCUGGUGGGCUAUCUGCUGCCUCUCUGUCUCAUCUGCUACUGCUACGCCAAGGUGCUAAAUCACUUGCACAAGAAAUUGCGCAAUAUUUCAAAGAAAUCUGAAACAUCCAAAAAGAAGACUGCCCAGACAGUGCUGGUGGUGAUUGUAGUAUUCUGCGUCUCUUGGCUGCCCCAUCACGUGAUCAACCUGUGGAGUGAGUUUGGACAGUUCCCGCUCACCGAAGCCUCCUUUGCCUUCAGAAUAGCAGCUCACUGCCUGGCUUACAGCAACUCAUCCGUGAACCCCAUCAUCUACGCCUUCCUGUCGGAAAACUUCAGGAAGUCAUACCAACAAGUCUUCAAAUGUAAAAUCUGCAGCUCGUCUCCUUUAAAAGAUACUAAGGAAUGCAGAAGUCGGACGGACAUUGUCCCAUCCACCAGCUGCACCAAUGUGUGA